AUGCGAGAAAGCUUUGUCGUGAGUGAACGGGUGACUGGCUUCGAGAAAUCACAGAGUCUAAGAACUGGGUUGCUGGAACAUAUCGACAAUCGUCGCCAGAUUGCCUUGCUGGUUGCGGCCAAACGUACGACAUUGGGUCACGUCAUGGGGGAAGACAGCCAGGUUGUCCUAAGUUUCUUUUUCAGCUUCAGCAAGGAGAGUAAGCAUAGUUUGGAUGACAUCUUGCGAUCAAAUGACUCAAAGUUGUACCAUGGGGGCGACACAUCUCGACAAUGCUUUCCGAACACACCACGACGGAGAGGAAGCCGACAACAAAAGCUCUUCUUGAAGCUGCACACAAAAUCUUGGUAA